AUGCAAGAAUUCCUGCAGAUCCUACAUGAGCAGUACCGCACCGAGUACUACGGCCCCUGGCAUACAAGAGAAUGCUACCCAUGGGAGUACGACGUCAAGGCUCAAGAGUGCAUCCAAUUGGCUAGCAAAUCAGACCCUCAAUUCUUUCUACCGCAAGCCAAAAUCCUUCAAGACCGAGCGGCCUACAUACGUCAAGAAUGGGCUAGACUUGAGGCCUUACAAGCCAUUCAGCCAGUCACUCAGCCAGCCAUUCAGCCAGUCACUCAGCCAGUCACUCAGCCAGCCACUCAGCCAGCUCACCAAUCCACUCAGUCAUCCACUCAGUCAUCCACUCAGUCAGCCACUCAGCCAGAGCACUCAGUUGAGCAAGAGGAGGAACUACAACAGGCAAAUGCGGAGAAGACUGCGGAGAAGACUGCGGAGAACACGGCGGAGAAAUCAAGCGGCAGCAAGGCCCCCAGCACCAAGAACGCAGGCUUACUCUCCACGAUCCCGCGUCAAGUCAUCACUCAGCAAAUGGAGAAUACCACUACAAUCUGGCUUGCUAUCUCUGCAUGCCUAGGCAAUAUCACAUUAGUGUGGCACAUCACUGCAAUGAGCACACAAGAGAAGGAUCUACUGCGUCGAUCACAGCCAAUUGGACCUCUGCAGGCAAGGGUCACAUCGGACGAUGCAUAUUUGGACGAAUUGAAACCGUCCGAUGUCUUGCUCCGACAGUCAUUUCAUUAUCCAAAGGCUUUCAUUGCGGCAGGAGAACUUAUGGGAUUCACACCACUAAUUGGCCUGGUGUCUCCAUUCCUUUCCAGCAUUUCGAAAACUCAUUCAUGCAUGCAUGCAUGCUUCUUGCCAUGA